AUGGCCGCAGCGGUCGCGUCAAAAUCGUCACUUCCUGUUUGGGAGUCAAAGCGACCGCGGAUAUCAGGGCCUCGCUUCCGGUUGUGCCUCCUUUUCGGCAGCGGCUACUUCCUCGCCAACAUGCCACUCGCAAAAGACUUGUUGCACCCAUCUCCAGAGGAGACGAGAAGGAGGCACAAAAAGAAGCGUCUUGUUCAGAGCCCCAACUCUUACUUUAUGGAUGUGAAAUGUCCAGGAUGUUACAAGAUCACGACAGUGUUCAGCCACGCCCAGACGGUUGUUCUGUGUGUCGGUUGCUCGACGGUCCUGUGUCAGCCUACCGGAGGCAAAGCACGUCUCACAGAGGGGUGUUCGUUCAGAAGGAAGCAGCACUAAAAUGCUAUUCCCGGAGCUGAAGGGACGAAGCGCUAGGAGACUGACGCCGCUGUGGCAGAUGUCAUUGCAUCGCAGCCCUCUGAUCCUUGUCAUUCAAUAAAAAUGUUGUUUUGGAUAAACAAAAGAA